AUGAAUUAAUGUAUCAAUAAAUUAUUAGGGUCUCUUGAUCACUUAUACGAAGCCUUGUUUCAGAAAAUAAUUGAAUUAUUUGCCAGGCGAGGAAUCAUUAGACCAUUAAUUAGAAGACCAGCAGUGCCAGUCAUAGAACUAUAACCAAUUGAUCAUUCAUUAAGAUAACCAUUAGUUUUACACUCUUGUACUUCAACACCUGUGUUCACUUAAAGCUAGACUAUUUAUCGUAGAGCAGAAUCAGAGAAGGAUUUUAGAAAAUGCAUGAUACCGAAUCUAGGCGACACAAUAUAUAAAGUGGAUUCCUAUUCUAGAGAUGUCAGUUUGUUAAAUUUGUUUGAGGAUAAACAGGAACAAUGUUAAACUUUGAAUCUAUAGGAUAACCAUUAAAAAGGUCACAAAUUGUAAACAAUAAUUGAGGAAAAUAAAAUUUAAUAAAAUAGCCAUGAAGGAUGUCAAAGUCAAAAUUAAUCAUAAUAAUUCAUAAAACACUAGCAAUAGUAAUAAGAUUGGGCGCUUUAAAAUGAAAAAUAAUAGUUACCAAUUGCAAAUCUUUAAGAUUAAGAUGAAAAUGAGUAGUUUUACUCGAUAAUUGAAAAUCCAGUCAAAAUUACGCAGUCAGAAUAAUAUUUUAGUAUUAUAGAUAGAAGUUCAUUUCGAAACAGUUUUAAUAAUUAGUAUACUAGGAAGUGA